AUGGAACUUCACUUGUACUACGCUAUCGCCUUGUUCGGCACCAUCGCAGCAGUUUUCAAGUUCAUCUUAUACCCUGCAUUCUUUUCCCCUCUGGCGGAGAUUCCCAAUGCGCACUGGUCUUGCUGUUUCAGCCCUAUCUGGAUUUUCUGGAUGAGAUGGACGAAGCAAGAGAACAGUCGGAUAUAUGAGCUCCAUCUAGCCAAGGGCCCUGCCAUUCGACUUGCUCCGAGUCUGGUCAGUGUGAACUCUUAUGAGGAUGGAUUGAAGAAAAUCUACCAUGGGGGUUUCCCGAAACCAGAAUUUUAUUUCAACGGAUUUGCUGUCUACGGUACCGACAAUCUAUUUACCAUCAAGGACAAUCAAACUCACUCGACGCAGAAAAAAGCUCUCUCAAGCUGCUUCACGAAAUCUUCUGUCAUGUCAUCUCAGACAGCCCGUGGCUCGUCGCGCGACAUCUUAUUCAAUCGUGUUCUCCCCUUGAUUCACAAAACAGCCACCGAAGACAAGCCAAUAGAGGUGAUGGAUCUCACUUACGCCUACCUACUGGAUACCUUUGUCCAGUGGCAAUUUGGACGGUCGUUAGCCAGCAACAUGGUUGAGAACGAGAAAGAAAGACGGUUCUACUUUGAUGGGUUCCUUGGUGUCGCUGAAUACACCUUCUGGCAAUACUACUUCCCACGUUUGGUCACUAUGCUCCAGAAAUUCGGAGUUUACUUGAUUCCCAAGAGUGUUCAAUCAGCUUUUGAAGGCGUUGAGAACUGGAAUUUGGAGAAGUGCGAUCAAGCUCAGCAACUUCUGGCUAGUGGGAAGCAGUUAUCAGUGGAUGACCAACCGGUCGCAUUCGAACCAGCUCUGAAGGGAAUGAGCGAGGUCAACUCAAAGCCCAAAAUGUACCCUCACCGACUUCGAUUGGCAAGCGAUAUGUUUUCCUUGAACUCAGGAGCAUUCGAGACUAGCGGAAACACCUCGACUUAUCUACUCUACGAGUUGAGUCGACACCCAGAAUGGCAGACGAAACUUCGUGAAGAACUGCUCGGUCUCAACCCGCCUUUGAGGCACGUACCUGGGAAGCUCGUCGAAGUCGGCGAUAUCACCAACCCUCAAGAUAUUGAUAAAUUGCCUAUCCUUCAAGCUGUGCUAAUGGAAACCCUUCGACUUUGGCCUUCGGUGCCUGGUGGCCAGCCCCGGGUAGUGCCUCGGCCUUGUACCCUGGGCGGCUACCACAAUAUCCCUGUUGGAACCACUGUGCAAUCAUACGCUUCUGUUCUUCACCGUAUGCCCGAUGUGUUCCCAGAGCCUUUAAAUUGGAAGCCGGAAAGAUGGCUCGAGUCAUCACCAGAACAGUUGGCUCUUAUGAAAAAAUAUUUCUGGGGAUUUGGCAGUGGUGGAAGAAUGUGUCUUGGAAUUCACUUUGCUUAUUAUUCCAUUAAAUAUUUCUUUGCGAGUGUGUACUCCAAUUUCACCACCACCAUUCACGACCAUGGAGAUAUGGAAGCAAGCGAUGGUUAUCUUGCAGGUCCAAAGGGUCACCGCUUGGAACUGAAGUUUCACCUUGUCGAAUGA